UGUUCGUGUAUCUUCCUGAAAAUCAGGUGUGCUGACAACAUCUCUGCCAGGUACACUGCAGCCGGAGAGGCGUCACCCAGGUGAGCGCUUUCUCAUGUUCUAUAAAAAGUGAGCAGGAAAGCAUGAGUGCAGCAAGAUGUCUGGCUCUCUCCAAGGUCUAUCCCACAGGUGACAGCACAGGGUGGAAUCAGCAGUUACUAGUGGGAUCAGAAAGAAGAGGAUUGGCUUAAAAACUAUAGAUUUAGACAACGUUAAGUUUCCAGCAUCCAGAUGGAAAGUGGAGGGAUCUUAUGUAUCAUGCUAAUCUUAACUCUAACAGGAUGCCAAGCGGCUGAUUUUCGUAGUGGAUUCUGGGAGUAUUUUAGUCAACUGACCAAUGAGAAAAAUGGAUGGAAUCUGCAAGAAAAUGCUGUCAGAGAAGUCACUGGCCUUAAAAACAGCCUCAACAGUGGGGCGAGUUAUGUGGGUAAUAUCUUUGGACCCUUGAAGAGUGGUUUCCAGAAGCGCCUGUAUGAGGAUUCAGAUGGGCUUCGCAGGCUGAUACAAAGGGAGGUGCACGAUCUCCAAAGGAAGAUCUACCCUUAUAUGGAAGAAGCGCACCAGAAGAUAAGCACGAAUCUUGAACUACUACGAAACCGUUUGCUGCCUUAUACGGAGGAGCUGAAAUAUCGUGUGGGAUGGGGAACACAGGAGCUCAGUAUGCAGUUUCAUCUCUUUAAGAAUGAUGCAACAAAUGGGGUAGCAGACAAGGCAACCCAAAACAUCCAGGACCAAAUCAGUUUGCACACAGGGAAAAUGAGACAACUGCUCUAUCCUCUGGCUGAGAGAUUGUUGGCAGAGAUCCGUCACGCCUCUGAAGAACUCCAUGGAAAUCUAGCUCCCCAUGCUUUCAUCUCCCAGGAGAAAUUGACCUUACAGGUACAAGAACUAUCUCAGAAACUGACUCAGAAUGCAAAGGAGCUGAAUGCGAAGAUCCACAAAAACUUGGAUGAUUUGAAGGAACAGCUUGUCUCCUAUCCCUGGGAGGUUAGAGAAGGGUCUCCAGAUAGCCAGGUGGCAGAACCUGUAGCCCCCUAUGUGGAAGAGAUGGCAGCACAGGUGCAGAGAGAAGUAGAGGAAUUCCACAGGAACACUCAGAUGCAAAUUGAAGAGUUUACACGGACCAUUAAUACUGAAAUGGAAGAGAUGAAGUACAAACUAUCCCCUGCUUCUCCGGACUUACAGCACACCGUCACUUCAAUAGAGGAGGUGCAAGAUAAAUUGGAGUCACUGUGGAAGGAUAUAUCCAAGCACUUAAAAUAGACAGGCCUGUGUAAAGUUUGGAGCCCUGCUGAUAACCAUACAGUCCUGCUUGCCUUAGGAGGAACUAAACGCUAAAAGUGAAAGCACUUAUUUUAAAAUUCCAUGACCAUGGCAUCUCUACUUACAUGUGAAACUGAUUGAUCUGUGUAUUAUAUUGACUGAAGUUAUUUUUACAAAUAAGGGAAGCUAUAAUUAUGAGCGUCAGUAAUGAUCUUCCUUAGAAUCGUAAAGCAAAUUAUAUGAUAAUGUAAAUCCCUUAUACCAGUGACGUGUUGUAUGGUGAAUGGCUGGGGAGGCAAACCUGGGGAUGGGUCUGAAUGCUGGGAGUCUGUCUCGCCCCCUACUCACUGUAACUCUCCCCUUACUACAUUAAGCUACAGUGUCCAUUUAGUCUCCUAUCUGCAUCCCUGUGUCUUCUCUUGCUGCUGCUGACUGAGCUCCGAAUACAGUGCACUUCCUGAUCACAUGACGCAUCCAAGUGUCCAUCAGUGAACAAGGCCACCCCCACCCCCAGAGUCAUGCCUCUAUUAUCUCGCUUUCUGUGUAACGUUACUGUCCGUGGUGUGGCCCCACCCACAGCUCUGCAAAGCAGUGUGACUGUAGAACUGUGGCAGAGCUGUUGCUGCCUCACCUCUCGUCUCCCCGCAGCUCCAGGGAUCUCCACAAAGCUGCCGAGUGUUAGCUAUAAAAAGAAUUACAAUAGACAAAGCAGAUGUUUGUUAUAAAUAUCUUCUCUGUAUUAUUCUAAUCAUUUUUAUAUAAACUCGAAGGAGUUUGACAGGGAGUCCAAAAAGACCACCAGUGGAUGUGGUCUUUUUGGACUUUGCUAAGGCCUUUGACAAAGUCCCACAUAAGAGACUAAUUUUCAACUUAAGAGAGCUUGGGGUAGGAAACACUAUUUGUACUUGGGUGAGUAAUUGGCUGUACAACAGGGAACAGCGAGUGGUAAUUAAUAGGAUGUUCUCUGAAUAGGCCUUAGUGCUCAGUGGAAUACCGCAGGGUUCAGUAAUCGGGCCACUGCUGUUUAACAUAUUUAUUAAUGACCUAGGAGUGGGCCUAGAAAGCACAGUGUCAAUUUUCGCAGACGAUACUAUACUGUGUAGACUAAUUAUAGGCCCUACACACUGGACGAUAUUCCUCAAAGAUAUGAACGAUCUCGUUCAUUAUUGAACGAGAUAACGCUCAUAUCUUUCAGUGUGGAGCCACCAGCGAUGAAUGAUGCGCGGCCCUGCACUCGUUCAUCGCUGGUUCCCCGUCGGCUGUACAUGCAGGCCAAUAUAGACGAUCUCGUCCAUAUUUGCCUGCACUUCAAUGGAGCCGAGUGACGGGGGGAGUGAAGAAACUUCACUCCCCCGUCACUGCCCCCCCCCCCCCUCCCGCCACCUAGUCGGCCGUAUCCGCCGUCGGGCAGCUCGGCGGUGGAUCUUUAUAUGUGUAGGGACCAUUAGUUCAGAUAAGGAUGUUGAGUCUCUACGGAAUAAUUUAUCUUGACUGGAGCUCUGGGCAGACAAAUGGAGAGUGAGGUUCAAUAUAGAAAAAUGUAAAGUUAUACACUUUGGGAGUAAAAACAAUCGGGCAGCCUAUAAACUAAAUGCAGAAAUUGUAGGGAUAACGGUGGUUGAAAAGGAUUUGGGAGUGCUUAUCGAUAAUAGACUUAGUAGCAGUACGCAAUGUCAAAAUGCAGCAACAAAAGCAAAUAAGGUGCUAGCAUGCAUAAAACGGGGAAUGGAGACAAGGGAUGAGAGUGUAAACCUGCCACUGUAUAAAUCAUUGGUACGGCCACACUUGGAAUAUUGUGUACAGCAGUUCUGGGCACCUCACUAUAAAAAAUAUAUCUUGGAACUUGAAAUGGUUCAGAGGCGAGCCACCAAACUGGUUAAGGGGUGAGAGGCAUUGAAUUAUGAAGAAAGACUUACAAGGUUAGAUAUGUUUACACUGGAAAAGAGGCGGCUGAGAGGAGACAUUAUUACUAUUUAUAAAUACAUAAAAAGACAAUACAAGGAUUUAUCAGACGAUUCGUUUAUCAAUAAAAGUUACACAGGACACAAGGACAUCCCCUGAGGUUAGAAGAGAAAAAAUUUCAUACACAACGGAGGAAAGGGUUCUUCACAGUAAGAGCAGUAAGGAUUUGGAAUUCUCUGUCAGAGGAGGUAGUAAUGGUGGACUAGUCAAUAAGUUUAAAAAUGAAUUAGAUAAAUUCCUAACUGAAAGAAAUAUCCAAGGAUACAGCAUUUAAAUGAUAUCAAAUUUUAUAAUACAGGUUGAACUCGAUGGACAUUUUGUCUUUUUUCAACUAUGUAAUUAUAUGAGUAUGACAGGGGAGCCUACCCUGACUGCACACCCCUGCCUUACACAUAUGAUCUAUUUUUGUAAAACAUGUAAUAUACUAACAGGGGAAAGAUAAAAACAAGUCUCCUACAUCACCUUUUGUCGCUAACAAAUGUAUUUAUUCAUAAAAAAGACCAGUGACUACAAACGUAGAGGUAAAUUUACUAAAACUUUGAAAAAUAAAGUGAUGUUGCCCAUAGCAACCAAUCAGAGUCUGUACAUCAUUUCUCUAUUGCACCCUAAAAAAUGAUAGACAGGAUUUUGGUUGCUAUCAUUUUUUAGGAUGCAAUAGAGAAAUGAUGGACAGACUGGUUGCCAUAGGCAACGUCACUUUUCAUUUUUAGGAGCUUUAGUAAAUUUACGCCAUAGGAUGAUUGGAGGAAUAUUUAGGGAUCUCUUUACUAAGCUUUGAAGAGAAAAAAAAGUGGACAGAGAUAAAUUACCAGCCAGCCAGCUACUAACUGCCAUGUUACAGGCUGUAUUAGAAAAAUGACAGUUAGGUGCUGAUUGGUUGAUACUUUAUCUCCGUCCACCAUGGCUUAGUAAAUAGACCCCUAUAGAUGCUAGUAAAACGACCUAGCAUAUACCAGGAUACCUCAGUCAGCCCCUGCUCUGACUGAUCCCACCCCCUACCUAUACGCAGCUCCAUUACCCUGGUGCUCUGUCUCAUCCUGUCCCUUCCCCCGCUUGGUCCUGCUUUCAUACUUGCCUUAUUCCCAGUGGUGGGCCAGGUCCUCCUCCUAGGCUAGGUCUAGCAGUGGGAGCAGGGCUGUUUCUAGCCAAUUUGGCUCCCAGUGCGAGAUUUAAAAAUGCGCCCCCCAUGACAUAAAAAAUGUGCCCCCCCCCCCACGCACCUAGAUAAAAAAAAAAAGACUUGUGCAUGCACCCGGCAAGGGAGCGUGGCCUCAUCUAAAUGGGUGUGGCCUCGUCUGAAAAGACUACCUCACAAUCCAGUUUUUGACCCUGCUCCAACAGAUCACGACCACCACAGGGAAAAAAAAUUCUACCAUAUUAAGCCCCACACAGUAAUGCCCCCUGCACCAUAUUAUGCCACACACCGCAAUGCCCUUGAUACAUUAAAUCCCCACACUAUGGCAGGCAAGAGUCCCCAUUUCACACAUUACGGCAGGUGUCCCCAUUUUACACAUUGAGAGAGAGAGAGAGAAUACUUGCAGAGGCGAUUACCGCUCUUCGGCCCGCCUCACCAGUCGCUCCUCGCGCCGGCCUUUCCCUCUUCCUAACUUGAAUCCCCCUCUGUACACGCUCGGGGGGGGGGGAGUUUCACGGAGUGACGGGGUUGCGUCGUGACGUAACGACGCAACCGCGUCAUUCCGUGAAACUCCACCCCCCGAGCGGGUUACUAGGGGAGAAAUAGGAGGGGGAAGCAGGGAGCCACAGUUAGUGCCGCGGCGGGCGCCCAGUGCGGUUGCACUGCUCGCCUGCCCCAAGAAACGUCCCUGAGUGGGAGCUGUUGGAGUGCACGCCCCAGCUUCUACUGUGUAUGCAUGUUGGAGCCAGGACAGACUAUAGAUCAUUAUUAUAUAGAUUACAUGUUAUGCACUUAUUAAUCUUGUUAUGUUUCUGCUCUGACAGUUCAUGGUUAUAAUACCCAGUGGUACAAAUCAAAUGCUAUGUCUACACACUAUAUAUGACUAAACAAAAUGUACAAAUAGUUACAUUUCUUCUCUCUUCCUAAAGAAAGCUUAAUAAAGUAGCAUUUCCCCUUCAA